AUGAAACUUUUUUUUUGGAAGAUCGAUCAUUGCAUACAAAGGGAGGACAUGCAUGGAGAUGAAAUCAGAUACCCAUAUUCGAAAUCACUGCAAUACCUGGCUGCAUUGCAUUGCUAUGCAUCCAUUCAUGGAAUAUCAUCACAUAGGCGAGGCUACAUUACAUGCACGUUCUUUACAAUCCGAAGAGACUUGAAGCUGAUAAAUUGCGUCGCGCAAGGAUACUUUCCUUCUGCGUCCUGCGACGGAGCUCUAUACACACCAGAUUGUCAAUGA